AUGGUUACGUAUAAGCAAGAAAUGCCUCCACCCGGAGGGUUUGCUGCCUUCAAUGUCUUUAACAAGGCAGUGAGGAAGCCGCUUAACGGUCUCUAUAUCAUCGCUGCCCUAUAUGCUUGUACUUUUGUGGGACUCAAGUUGCGUGACUGGGGCAAAGAACGUCGUCAGGCGCGUCAUAAUGAAAAUAGGGAGGUUCGACUCGCUCUUUCGCCGUUCCUAAUUGCAGAACAGCAACGCAUGUUUCUCAAGCACCUGAUUAAGAACCGUGAAUAUGAAUCGGAAUUGAUGAAGGACGUACCUGGUUGGGAAGUCGGUCACUGGCACGACACACCCGUGUAUCAUAAUCCUCGCGGUCUUUGGUGCGAGCCCAACAUUUACGAGUACUAUGCGCACCAGACUAAAAGUGCGCUCAAUCGACACCUUGGAGUUCAUCACGAAUACUAA